CCCAGCUGUGUCUCCAUGGAGAGUGUGUGUUCUCUCUACAGACACCAGGAGAGGUCAAAGGUUACCAGUGCUCAGGCCGUACAGCAGCAUCAAACAGAGCUGAUCAAGAGGGCUGAGGAGAACGCACACGCUUUCCUAGACAAGGAGCUGAAGAAGCUCUGGAGGGUUCUCUUCCCAGAUUACCCGCAAUGCUCAGAGGGUCAGAGAGUGGAGGAGGAGGGGGUGGAUGGUAAGAAGGAGAAGCAGUGGUGGCGCGCCAUAAAGGGAGUGGUGGAAAUCACAAAGCUCUGCCUGAUGGAGAUGAACCAGCAGGGACUGGCCGACAAACUAUUGAGCGGAUCUGCUGCUGUCGAGUGCCAACAUAAAAUCAAGUCUCGUUUGAAGAAGUUCAGGUGCGUUGAGGGAAUCGCUAAAGCAGGACGUUCAGUACCUCUGAACGACUUCUACACAGAGAUCUUCAUCACAGAGAGAGGCAGUGGAGAGGUCAACCAGGAACAUGAGGUCAGACUGAUUGAAAAAGCUUCCAGGAAACCGGCCAAGGAAGAAACACCGAUCAGAUGGGAGGACAUCUUUAAACCCUUACCUGGAAAAGAUCAAGAAAUCAGGACAGUAAUGACAACUGGAGUGGCCGGCAUUGGUAAAACCAUCUUAACACACAAGUUCACUCUGGACUGGGCUGACGGCAAAACCAACCAGGACAUACAUUUUACAUUUCUCCUCACAUUCAGGGAGCUGAAUUUACUGAAAGGGAAAGAGUUUAGCUUGGUGGAACUUCUUCAUCACUACUUUAUUGAGACCAAAGAAGCAGGAAUCUGCAGAUAUGAACGGUUCAAAGUUCUCUUCAUCUUGGAUGGUCUGGAUGAGUGUCAACUUCCUCUGGACUUCCAGAACAACCAGACCUGGACUGAUGUAAAAGAGCCGACCUCGGUGGACGUGCUGCUGACAAACCUCAUCAGGGGCGACCUGCUUCCCUCCGCUCGCAUCUGGAUAACCACACGCCCUGCGGCAGCAGAUCAGAUCCCUGAUGAGUGUGUUGACAUGGUGACAGAGGUGAGGGGGUUCACCGACCCACAGAAGGAGGAGUACUUCAGGAAGAGAUUCAGAGAGGAGACGCUGGCCAACACAAUCAUAUCCCAUGUCAAGAAAUCACGAAGUCUCCACAUCAUGUGUCACAUCCCAGUCUUCUGUUGGAUCACUGCUUCAGUUCUGGAGGACAUCUUAAAAAAUUCCAAGAGAGGAGAAGAGAUGCCCAAGACCGUGACUCAGAUGUACAGCCACUUCCUGAGGGUUCAGUCAAUACAGGGGGACAGGAAGUAUCGUUGGAUAGCUGAAACUGAUCCACACUGGAGUUCACAGAGCAGGCACAUCAUUGUUUUACUGGGAAAACUGGCUUUUAACAAGCUGGAGAGUGGGAAUCUGAUCUUCUAUGAGGAAGACCUGGCAGAGUAUAAACCUUUUUUCCGCGAAGCCUCAGUGUACUCAGGACUGUGCACCCAGAUCUUUAAAGAGGAGUGUGGGCUCUACCAGGACAAGGUGUUCUGCUUUGUCCAUCUGAGCGUCCAGGAGUUUCUGGCUGCCCUUCAUGUCUUUAUGUCCUUAAUCAACGAUGGUGUCAAUCUGCUCUCAGAAGAACAACCAACCUCCGGUGAUGAUAAACUCCUCCUCCUCUACCAGAGUGCUGUGGACAAGGCCUUAGAGAGUAAGAACGGACACCUGGACUUGUUCCUCCGCUUCCUCCUGGGCCUCUCUCUGGAGAGCAAUCAGAAUGUCCUACGAGGUCUGCUGGGACAGACAAGAAGUAGCCCACAGACCAACAAGCAAACAGGAAGAGGCUCACAGACCAAUGAGAAAACAGUGUCUUACAUCAAGGAGAAGAUAGGUGGCGAGCUCUCUCCAGAGAGAAGCAUCAAUCUGUUCCACUGUCUGAAUGAACUGAACGACCGUUCUCUAGUGGAGGAGAUCCAACAGUCCCUGACAUCAGGAAGUCUCUCCACAGGAUCUCUCUCCCCUGCUCAGUGGUCAGCUCUGGUCUUCAUCCUACUGACAUCAGAAGUGGAGCUGGACGUGUUUGACCUGAAGAAAUACUGUGAUUCAGAGGAGGGUCUUCUGGGGCUGCUGCCAGUGGUCAAAGCCUCCAAAAGAUCUCUGUAGGUUCACUCAUAACAU